AUGAGUGCUUUUGGGAGACCGCCGGUCGGAUGCAGCAACACAAAAUUGCAGCAGCCAACCAUGCUCGUGAAGGCGGGCAGUCCGACGACCCGUGCCCCAUGUUCAGCCCCACAGCGCUGCCCACCUCUUGGUGCCCUUAAAGAAGAGAGCCUGGCCCAUCGUGGGAGAGGCAGCGCCUUGUCAGCGAUGCCCCCCACCAUGGAGGCUGUCCAGCCUGCAAACGGCAGCUCUGGGUGCGUGCUGGUCUGGUUCAAAAAUGACCUUCGCCUGGACGACCAUCCUGGUCUUUUUGAAGCUGCGUCAGCCGGCGCUGCCGUGGUCCCUUUCUACUGUGUGGACCCCAAGGUGGCUGGUCAGCUGAGGCGCAUACCAGGCGGGGUAGAGCUCCUGUGGGGCGCCCUGGACUGUCUGAGAAGAGGGUUGCGGGAGCUGGGCAGCGAUUUGGUUAUCAGGGUAGGGGACGCACAGGGAGCAGUGAGGGCCUUGGCUGUUGAAUGCGGGGCCACUGUGGUGGCAGCUCAUGACGAUGUAGAGGAGAGCCUCGCCUCACUGAUUGGGUACGUGGGAGAUGGUCUGCAGGAUGAAGGCGUGCGCCUGCAGCUGUGGAAGGCUCCAAUAUGGGAAGAUGAGUCAUACGUGGAUGAUUUUGCUGAAUUUCAGAAAGGACGGGGCAUGGCCUUGGAGCCUCUGCCUCGACCAAGCGCCCUUCCAGAGGUGUCUCCCGCCAUUGAGAGCGGGGACCUGCCUGAUGUGACCGAAUUGAGGCGAUUGCUGGAUGCCCCCACUUCGAGUGUCGUGCAACAGGCGGUUAAUAAAGGCUUCGAUCCAUUGGCACGUGAUUGCUCCCCUCUGUGGUUGCAAUUCGCUGCUGAACUCACCAGCAGUCCAGAUUCGGCGCUGCAAGCAAUACGAGAGUAUUUGGUCGGCCAGCAGCGUGGCGGCCCCACCAACGGCAAAUCCACGCUGCAAGAGUUGAUUGCAUACGUGCGGGAGCCAAGGUUGGGAGGCGUCUGCUUCUCGGCAAUAUUCUCCUCGACAAUGUUGCUGGGGUUGGUGUCCCCACGCUUAGUCCACAAGGAGGCCUGCGAUGUUGCGGGCACGUCCUAUCUGCCCAUGGGACUGUUCGGCGCAAAUGAGACCAGCCUGAACGUGCUUCGCGAGGUGGAGAUGACCGACUUCCAUGCACAGGCUGCGAGGAUGUCGUACUCCAGUUUCAGCAACGGAUACUCGCUGGGAUUGGGCGUGCGCUACUGGCGGUGGAAGAGCGGUCAUUUGAUGGAAUAUGUCGUCGCAGAGCCAGAUGACGCCACCGACGACACUCCUGCCAUCCUCCUGGUCCACGGCUUCGGGGCGUCAUCAUUCCACUGGCGCCGUAACAUUGGGCCUCUUCGGGACGCUGGAUACCGUGUGUUCUGUCCAACUCUGCCUGGAUACGGCCGCAGCGAAAAGCCGUCCAUGAGGUAUUCCCAGGAAGUGUGGAGCGAGUACGUGAAGGAUUUCAUCGUGGAGGUGGUGGGCCAGCCGGUGGUGCUCGGGGGGAACUCCAUUGGGGGCUACAUGUCUGCCAGUGUUGCAGGCCAGAACCCCUCACUCGUGCACGGGCUCAUACUGUUCAACUCAGCAGGGCCUGUUGAUCCCACAUACAGCCCCGAAAAGGGCGGCAGCGCGCCGCCCAGGAACCCCCCUCCAAAGAUUGUGGUCGAUGCAGUUGCCAACGGUCUGCUUUGGUACCUUCAAACAACUGCAGGGCGCACCCUGAAGAGCCUGUAUCCCACAAAUCCACAAAACGUGGAUGCGGCGCUGGAGUACGACAUCAUGAGGGCCGGCACCGCGCCGAACGCCCUGUCCGUCUUGAAGAGCGUCUUUUUCUUGAAGCCCCCGCCACCGCUGAAUUACGUUGUCCGGGACCUGUACGGAGGGCCUGUGCUGGUCCUGCAGGGCGUGCUGGACCCCCUGAACGACGCAGGUGACCGGGCUGCAAAGCUGGAUUCGUCCUGUCCCAACGUCGAGGUAAAACUGCUGCAGGCUGGGCACUGCCCGCAUGACGAGGUGCCGGACGAGGUCAAUGACGAGAUUUUGCAAUUUGUCGGGAAACUGAGCAUUGACAAGCCAAGGCAGGCGGCGGUCGAGGAAGCCGUUGUGUGA